AUGCGUCGGGAGGCCAUUUCCAAGCCGGAGGGCGAAAAAGGCAGUGAGCCUUUGCAAGAAAAUGGCAGUGGACCUUUGCAAGAAAAGGCAGUGGACCUUUGCAAGAAAAAGGCAGUGGACCUUUGCAAGAAAAAGGCAGUGGACCUUUGCAAGAAAAAGGCAGUGGACCUUUGCAAGAAAAGGCAGCAGUGGACCUUUGCAAGAAAAGGCAGUGGACCUUUGCAAGAAAAAGCAGUGGACCUUUGCAAGAAAAAAGUAGUGGACCUUUGCAAGAAAAAGCAGUGGACCUUUGCAAGAAAAGGCAGUGGACCUUUGCAAGAAAAGACAGUGGACCUUUGCAAGAAAAGGCAGUGGACCUUUGCAAGAAAAAGGCAGUGGACCUUUGCAAGAAAAAGGCAGUGGACCUUUGUAAGAAAAUGGCAGUGGACCUUUGCAAGAAAAGGCAGUGGACCUUUGCAAGAAAAAGGCAGUGGACCUUUGCAAGAAAAGGCAGCGAGCCUUUGCAAGAAAAAGGCAGUGGACCUUUGCAAGAAAAAGGCAGUGAGCCUUUGCAAGAAAAGGCAGUGGACCUUUGCUAGAAAAGACAGCGAGCCUUUGCAAGAAAAAGGCAGUGGACCUUUGCAAGAAAAGGCAGUGAGCCUUUGCAAGAAAAGGCAGUGGACCUUUGCAAGAAAAGACAGUGGACCUUUGCAAGAAAAGGCAGUGAGCCUUUGCAAGAAAAAAGCAGUGGACCUUUGCAAGAAAAGGCAGUGGACCUUUGCAAGAAAAAGGCAGUGGACCUUUGCAAGAAAAAAGCAAAAAGACAGUGAGCCUUUGCAAGAAAAGGCAGUGAGCCUUUGCAAGAAAAAGCAGUGGACCUUUGCAAGAAAAGGCAGCGAGCCUUUGCAAGAAAAAGUCUUUGGACCUUUGCAAGAAAAGGCAGUGAGCCUUUGCAAGAAAAGGCAGUGGACCUUUGCUAGAAAAGACAGCGAGCCUUUGCAAGAAAAAGGCAGUGGACCUUUGCAAGAAAAGGCAGUGAGCCUUUGCAAGAAAAGGCAGUGGACCUUUGCAAGAAAAAGGCAGUGGACCUUUGCAAGAAAAGGCAGUGGACCUUUGCAAGAAAAGACAGUGGACCUUUGCAAGAAAAGGCAGUGGACCUUUGCAAGAAAAAGGCAGUGGACCUUUGCAAGAAAAAGGCAGUGGACCUUUGCAAGAAAAGGCAGUGGACCUUUGCAAGAAAAAGGCAGUGGACCUUUGCAAGAAAAAGGCAGUGGACCUUUGCAAGAAAAAAGCAGAAAAGGCAGUGAGCCUCUGCAACAAAAAGACAGUGAGCUCUAUCAAGAAAAAGGCAGCGACACAUUGCAUUGUCUGUUGAACUGCUGUACUCUGUGCUGUGCUCGAAGAUUGUAUUCAGAAAUGGAUACGACAACAUAG